AUGCUGGUGAAUGAUCUGUUUGAAGAUAUCAAAGAUGGGGUAAUGCUAAUUGCCCUUUUGGAGGUUCUUUCAGGGCAGAAGCUGCCUUGUGAGCAGGGACGUCAGCUGAAGAGAAUUCACUGGGUUGCCAACAUUGGCACAGCUCUUAAGUUUCUAGAAGGAAGACGGAUUAAGCUUGUCAACAUAAACUCAACCGAUAUUGCUGAUGGCAGGCCUUCUAUUGUGCUUGGCUUGGUGUGGACCAUAAUUUUAUAUUUUCAGAUUGAAGAGCUUACCAGCAACCUCCCACAGCUGCAGCCAUUGUCUAGCAGCGCUUCUUCUGUGGAGAGCGUUGUCAGUUCAGAAACUGCGAGUCCCCCAAGCAAACGGAAGGUGGUAACCAAGGUCCAAGGAAGUGCCAGGAAGGCUUUGUUAAAAUGGAUACAGUACACGGCAGCAAAGCAAGCUGGAAUUGAGAUCAAAGAUUUUGGACAAAGUUGGAGGAGUGGUGUUGCAUUUCAUUCCGUUAUUCAUGCUAUCCGCCCAGAUUUAGUGGACAUGGAGAAAGUGAGGGGAAGGUCAAAUAGAGAAAACCUGGAAGAAGCCUUCACACUCGCAGAAGCAGAACUAGGAAUUCCAAGGCUCCUUGAUCCAGAAGAUGUGGAUGUUGACAAGCCAGAUGAAAAGUCUGUCAUGACCUAUGUAGCCCAGUUUUUGAAGUACUAUCCUGAUCCUCAUCAUACAGUGACUGAUGUGCAGGACAAUGAUGAACUUCAAGCAAUCCCAACUUUUGUCAUUUCUUUUGUGAAAUUUAAGAAGGAAGACAGACUGAUGCUGAGAGACCUAAAAGUGUGGGCAGAACAAUUUGAAAGAGACUUGGCCCGAGCACAGGUGGCAGAAACAAGUUUACAGGAGAAAUACCAGUCAUUUAAGCAUUUCAGAGUACAAUAUGAGGUAAAAAGGAAACAGAUUGAACUUGCAACCCAGUCAUUAAGGAAAGAUGGUAAAUUAUCACUUGAUCAAGCUAUGGUGAAGCAAGCAUGGGACAGAGUUUCUUCCAGGCUACUUGAUUGGCACAUACACCUUGAUAAAUCUCUUCCUGCACCUUUGGGUACCAUAGGUGCUUGGCUAUAUAGAGCAGAGGCUGCUCUGAGGGAAGAAGUAACUGUUCAGCAAGCUCAUGAGGAAACAGCGAAUAUAAUACACCGGAAGCUUGAGCAACAUAAGGAUCUGCUGAAAAACAUAGAUGGUCACAAAAAGGCAUUCCAUGAGAUCCACGGGGCCAGGUCUGUUAACGGAGUGCCUGUUCCACCUGACCAAUUAGAGGAUAUGGCAGAGAGGUUUAAUUUUGUUGUCUCUUCAUCUGAGCUCCAUCUGUUGAAGAUGGAGUUUCUGGAACUGAAGUACCGUCUGCUGUCACUCUUAGUCCUUGCAGAAUCAAAGUUAAAAUCAUGGAUUAUCAAAUAUGGAAGGCGAGAGUCGGUGGAACUACUUCUUCAAAAUUAUAUUUCUGUUAUUGAAAAUAGUAAGUUCUUUGAGCAGUAUGAGGUUACUUACCAGAUCUUGAAAAGAGCAGCUGAAAUGUAUGCCAAAGCAAACGGCUCAGUGGAAGAAGUUGAGAAUGUGAUGAAAUUCAUGAAUGAAACAACAGCACAGUGGAGGAACCUCUCGGUAGAGGUGAGAAGUGUGAGAAGCAUGUUGGAAGAAGUAAUUGCUAAUUGGGACAGAUACAGCAGCACUGUGGCAGGUCUACAAGCUUGGCUGGAAGAUGCUGAAAAAAUGUUGAAUCAGCCUGAACAUUCUAAAAAGGAUUUCUUCCGGCACUUACCUCAUUGGAUCCAACAGCACACAGCCAUGAAUGAUGCUGGUAAUUUUCUGAUUGAAACAUGUGAUGAGACCAUUUCCAGAGACCUUAAACAGCAGCUUUUGUUACUAAAUGGAAGAUGGAGAGAAUUGUUUAUGCAAGUUAAGCAGUAUGCUCGAGCAGAUGAACUGGAUAAAAUGAGGAAGGAAUACUUGGAUGGUGUUGCCCAUUUGACAGCUUUUAUUGAUGGAAGCAACAAGAAAUUUUCAGUCCCUGUAGAAGUGUCCUUCCUUGAUGUCAAAAUAUUUGUACAAGAUUUAGAAAAUAUUAAGCAGAAAUUGCCUGCAAUGGAAGCUCAGUACAAAAUGGUUACAAGAACAGCGCAACUUGUUACAAAAGAAGUUUCCCAAGAGGAAGUAAAUGAAAUGCUUGGAACUUUGACAAGGAUCAAAGAGCAGCUGAGCAAGGUUAAGGAGUAUUCCUGUGCCCUGCUGUAUGAAUGCCAGCAUCUGCUGUCUCCACUGGAAGAACUGGAGAAACAAAUCACACAUUUUUAUGAAUCUCUUGAAAAAGUCAAUGAAAUAGUUUCUAUCCUGGAUCCUGAAGCACAACCUACAACUGUCCUUAAACAAAAAGCGCAAGAUUUGGUAGCUUAUCAAGAAAACUGCAAGAAAGAUUUGUCCCUGAUUGAGAGAAAUAGUCAGAGUAUCCUGCAGUGUGUGGCUUCGAGUGAAAUGUUACAGCAUUUCCAUCAGUCAACAUUUCAGAAGAAAGUUACACAAGUUCAGAUUACUUUUCAGAAUAUGGUCAGGAAAGCUGGUGACUGGAGAAAAAACAUAGAAGCAAAUAGCCGUUUGAUGAAGAAAUUUGAGGAGUCUAGAGCAGAACUGGAAAAAGUAAUACAGAUUGCCAAUUGUUGCUUAAAAGAAAAAGGAAAUCCUGAAGAACUUCUCAGAAAACAUAGCGAAUUCUUUAACCAGUUGGAUCAGAGAGUCCUAAAUGCCUUUCUGAAAGCGUGCGAUGAGCUUACUGACAUCCUCCCAGAACAAGAGCAACAAAACCUGCAGGAAGCUGUGAGAAAACUCCAUAGGCAGUGGAAGGAUCUUCAAACAGAAGCCCCAUAUCACUUGAUCCACUUAAAGAUUGAAGUACAAAAAAGCAAGUUCCUGAUCACAGUGGAGGAGUGCAAAGCUGAACUAGCUCGACAGAACAAGGUGAUAUCAAGAGAAGGCAAUGAAAGGAUGAUCGAGGAACACAUGUUGUUCUUCGGUGACAAGGGACCUUACCAGCUGUGUGAGAAAAGGCUCCAACGGAUUGAAGAACUGUGCCAAAAACUGCCAGUUUCUGAUCCAGUGAGGGCUACAUUGGAAAACAGCCAACGAAUCCUGAAGGAGCUCAAAUCCCAGAUAGACAGCACAUACGUAAAGCUAACAGAGCACUCGGACACCUGGAAGGGCUAUAAGAACAGAUUUUCUGAAUUGGAAAAUUGGAUUUCGUCAACAGAAAGAGAGCUAAAGAAUAUAAAGGAAAGUGUCAAUGAUACUGCCAAAUACAAGCAAUGUAAAGCAUCCGUGGGGGAAAUCAGGAAACAUAUUAACAAGCAAGGAGAAAAUCACAGCUGGCUGAAAUCUAGACUUGCUGUUUUGACCGCAAUAUGUCCUGAUUUGGAAGCCAAAAAGACAGAGGAUGAGCUUUGUAAACUUUCCAGUGACUUCAAGGGACUCCUAGAUUUGCUGGCUGAGAUUGAAAAGACAUUAGGCACUGUUGGCGACUGUGUCCAGUACAAAGAAGUAGUUAAAAGUGCAAUUGAAGACUUAAUCAACAACUCUAAAGAAGCCCAAGCAGAGGCUGAAAAGAUCCUGGAUACAGAAAGUUUAUUACAAGCUCAGCAACUACUACUUCAUCAUCAGCAAAGGACAAGGAGACUCCGUGCAAAGAGGCAAGAUGUGCAACAGCAGAUUUCCCAAGCUAAACAGUUGCAGAUUGAAGGUGGACUGCCCAGCACAAUGCAAGAGGAUUUACAGAAGUUGGAAGGAACAUUGGAGAACAUGCAGCAGACUAUGGAGAAACGUGAAGAGCAACUGCAGGUCACAAUAAAUAAAUGGGACCAGUUUGAAAGGGACAAAGAAACAGUAGUAAAAUAUCUCAAUCAAGCAAGCUCUGCACUUGAACGUAUCUUAAACUUUAGCAGUUUAGAGAGCCUCUCCUCAGAACUGGAUCAGACAAAGGAACUUUCUAAACAGACUGAAGCAAUGGCAGUGCAGGCUGAGAAUUUGGUGAAGAAUUCUUCUGAGAUACAGCUUGGUUCAAAGAACAAGCAGUCCCUUCAACAGCAGGCAAAAUCACUCCAAGAACAAGUGAAAAAAGUGGAAGUUACUCUUGAAGAAGAUAUUAAAAGCAUGGAAAUGGUGAAAAACAAGUGGGAUCAUUUUGGCAAUAAUUUUGAAGCUCUGUCCAUCUGGAUAGCUGAACAAGAAAAAGAACUGGAAACUUUGGAAACAUCAUCAUCUCCUUUGGACAUACAGAUCAGCCAAAUCAAGGUUAUUAAUAAAGAAAUAGAUGGUAAAAUAACUGGAAUCUCAAAACUAGAAGAGGAAGCUGAGUCUUUUUCCCAGUUUGUUACCUCUGGAGAACAUGCACAUAUUAAAGCCAAAUUGACUCAGGUCAAAAGGUAUUGGGAAGAGCUAAGAGAUCAUGCACAGAGACUGGAAGGAACAAUCACAGGGAAUGCAUCAGCACAGCAGAAAUAUGAAGAAAGUCUUAAACAGGUGCAGCGGGCAGUGUUUGAAUUUGAAGCUAAGCUAGCUGAGCCUCUCACAUCAUGCUCUUCAUCAGCCGCAACGUACGCAGCCCUUCAGGAUUGCACGGUGAGCGUGCGGCCAGCGAUUCCUGCCACCGAGUCCAGGGAAACGGUGCCACACUGGCCUCCUCACAGAAAUGCCAGUGACCUCCAGACCAGGGGCUGGCUGAUGCCACACAGCCCCGGGUGGAGGCAGGAGGAGGACUUUUGUCACACUGUGGAAAAACUGAGCAGCACUCUGGCCUCUCUCUCAGCCUGUGCCCGAAAGGUAGCCAACAAAGAAAAAGCUACUCAGGAGGUUACAGCAUUACAGCACAAAUAUGAAGAGGUGCUAGAAAAUGCUAAAGAGAAACAGGCCUUAUUAGAGACUCUUCUGGCUCACUGGCAGAAGCAGGAGAAGGAACUGUCUGCCUUCCUGACCUGGUUGGAGGGGUGUGAAGCUACAGCCAGUCCUUCAGAGCAGUACAUUUCUGCUGACAGAGUUAAACUGGAAGGUGAACUGCAGUCACUGCAGGAUUUGCGAGCAGAUAUUGAGUCCCAUGCUUCAGUCUAUGCGAGCCUAUUACAGUUAAAUGAGUCACUAUUUCCAACAGCUUCCAAACAGUGUGUGAAAACAAUAACAGAAAAAUUUGAGGAGCUGGAUGAGAGAUGGAAAGCUUUACCACAAACUGUUGAUAAAAGGAUCAACUUCCUUCAAUCUCUUGUUGCUGAGCAUGGGCAGUUUGAUGAGCUCCUGCUCAGGUUUUCAGACUGGAUUAAGCAGUUUCUUGCUGAACUACAAGCCACUUCAGAGAUAAACACAGCUGAUCAACAACUAGCUGCAUCUCACAAUAAGAACCACUCAAUGGAAGUUGAAAGUAAGAAACAGCAGUUACAAAGUCUGAAGGAACAUGUAGAUAAAUUGUGUUCUUUCAGCUGCCCAGAGGACCAGCAGACAUUGCAGGGAAAGACUGAAGAUUGCUUUCAGAUCUUCCAGGAGGCAAGUCAAGUAACUUGCCAAAGACAAGAGGCUCUGGAUCAGCUGCGGGUAUUCCUGGAACUCCAUAGUGCUGCAUCAGGAGUGCUCCACCAGCUGAGGCAGACAGUGGAGCAAACAGGAAAUAUGGAUAAAGCUAAAUCUGAAUUACUGGAGAAGGAACUCAAUGGUGUUAUUCAAGAUCUUAACAGGCUGGAAUCUGUUGCCAUCGGUUUGGAUGGUUCCCUUACUAAGGCCCAGUAUCAUCUAAAACACAGCAUUUCUGAGCAGAGGACCUCCUGCAGGGCUGUGGUGGAUAAUCUGUGCUUGGAACUGGAUGCAGUUCAAAACCUGCUGGGAACUAAACAGAGUGAGGCAGAAGCUCUUGGAGCCUUGCGAAGAUCUUUCAUGGAACGUAAAGAACAGCUACUGAAGAGUAUUGAAGAUACCGAGGAAAAGGCUGACAAGGAGGGCCUGAAGGAGGCAACACUACAAGCCCUCCAGCAAAGAUUGAGGAUCUUUAACCAGUUAGAUGAAGAAUUGAAUUCUCACCAGCAUGAACUUCAGUGGCUCAUGGACAAAGCGAAACAAAUAGCCCAAAAAGAUACUACACUUGCUCCUGAGAUCAACGAAGAGAUAAAUCGCUUAGAAUCUCUGUGGGAGGAUACCAAGACAGUUAUACAUGAAAAAAACAUGACAGCAAAUGGUGCUAACACAGCCUUUUCACAUUACAGAAAGGAGCAGUCCUGCAUUCUUAUCGAUCUGAUGAAGGAAUAUCAGAGCUUGAAGUCAACCGUAAUGAAAGUCAUAGAUAGUGCUGACAGUGCUUCUGUGAUCAAAUCCAUUUGGAAGGAUCAUGACGAUGUCAGGCGAACUUUAUCAAAGCAUGAAGCUGCCAAGAAUGAUCUGAGUGAUAAACAGAAAGACCUGGAUACUUUCACCAAUAAAGGCAAACAUUUGUUAACAGAAUUGAAAAGAGUGCAUAACUGCGACUCCACUGCGGUAAAAACAGAUAUGAACUGUACAGUGGACAAAUGGCUAGAUGUGUCUGAAAGAAUUGAAGACAACAUCGACCGGCUGAGUGUAAGCGUGUCUCUAUGGGAUGACAUCCUGAAAACUGGAGAUGAAAUGGAUGGAUGGUGCAAUAAGUGCAUUUCCCAACUGAAUGAAGGCAUCAGCAACUUGAGUAACACUCAGAGAAUGGAGGUCCUCCUGAAAGACUUCCAGUCUGAAUUCAAGGAUAAAGAACUGAAGUUGGAGCAGCUUAGUUCCAAAAUUUCAGAUCUCAAAGAACUGACCCAUAGUCAAGAGCCUCCUGCAGAUCUCCAGUUUAUAGAAUCAGAUUUGAUGCAGAAGUUGGAACAUGCCAAAGAAAUGUCAGAGACAGCAAAAGAGACACUGAAAGAUUUCAGUACACAGAAGAUGCAGUUACAGAAGUUUAUUGAUCAGAUGACAGACUGGUUAACAAAAGUGGAAGAGACACUGUUAAGCUGUGCACGUAACCUGGAUCCUGAAGCUCUAAAUAAAGUGAAGCAAACUCAAAAAGACCUUCAGCUUCAGCAGAGCAGCAUUGACUCGACCCGUGAGAACCUCAACAGCCUGUGUCGCAAAUACCAUUCUGUAGAGCUGGAAACUCUUGGUGGCACUGUCACUUCAUUAAUAAAGAAGUAUGAAGCUGUGAAUCAGCUCUGUUCCAGAACACAGGCCAGCAUGCAAGAGUCCUUGGAAAAACAUUUCCUCCAUUCUAUGCAAGAAUUCCAGGAGUGGUUUUCUGGUGUGAAGGCUGCAGUAAAAGAAUCAUCUGACAGGUCUGGAGACAGCAAAGCCAUAGAGGCAAAGCUACAUGACUUGCAGAGUGUGCUGGAUUCUGUUAGUGAGGGACAGAACAAGUUAGAUGCUGCCUGCAAGGAAGGAGAAAGUUUGUAUGCUUGCUUACCCAAACCAGUUGUGAGCCAUAUUCAGGAGCAAAUAGCAAAGUCUAACCAGAACUUCCAGGAAUUCCUCAACCAGUGUCUGAAUGAUAAGAAGGCCCUGGAAGCUUGUGCCUCACACCUGGGAAGCUUUGAAGAUCAGCACAAGAAACUUGGCCUGUGGAUACAUGACAUGGAAGAAAGAAUAAGCACAGAAGCAUUAGGAGAGAGCAAACAGCUUAUUCCUGAGAAGAAAAAGGAGGUGCAGAAAGUGGAAAAGUUCCUGGAAGAGUUACUGAAUUCAAGGGAAUCUUUUGAUAAGCUGUCCCAAAUGGCACAGACUUUAAAUGAAGAAGGCCAUGGUGCAGGGAGGGAAGUGCGCCUGGCCUCUCAACAUCUCACCAAUUAUCAAAACAUGGUCAAAACUGUCAAGGAGAAGCUGCGAACAUGUCAGCUUGCACUCCAAGAGCAUCUCACUUUGGAGGAAGCAUUGCAGAGUAUGUGGUCAUGGGUGAAAGAAGUUCAAGAUAAACUGGUGUCAUCAGAGAGCACUGUUGGUAGCAAAGCCACACUAGAGAGACGACUGACACAAGUUCAGGAGAUCCUAUUACUCAAAGGUGAUGGUGAAGUUAAGCUGAACAUGGCCAUUGGCAAAGGAGAACAAGCACUUAGAAGCAGCAAUGAGGAAGGACAAAAGGUGAUACAAACUGAGCUACAGACGCUGAAGGACGUAUGGAACGAUAUCAUCAGCACCUCAGUGAACUGGCAGAGCUGCCUAGAGUCUGUCCUUAGCCAGUGGAAUGAAUAUCUGGAAAGGAAAAACCAGCUGGAGCAGUGGUUAGAGAAAUUGGAUCACAAAGUGGAACAGCCUUUAGAACCACAGAUUGGUCUGAAGGAGAAGUUUGCUCAGCUGGACCACUUCCAGGCUAUUGUUUCUGAGAUAGAGGAUCACUCUGGUGAUUUACAGCAACUCAUUGAAAAAGCUGUGGAACUGUAUGAAAAAACAGAGGAUGAUUCUUUUGGAGAAGACGCUCAAGAAGAACUAAAAACACAGUUUAAUGACAUCACAACUGUAGCUAAGGAGAAAAUGAGGAAAGUAGAAGAUAUUGUGAAGGAUCAUUUGCUAUACCUUGAUGCUGUGCAUGAAUUCACAGACUGGCUCCAUUCUGCAAAGGAAGAGCUGCACCGCUGGUCAGAUGCAUCUGGAGAUACAUCAACCAUACAGAAAAAGCUGGCCAAAAUCAAU